AUUUAAAGAGUGACGCGGAUUGAAGAUGAUUAGAGUCGGGGGGAGGAGGUUGUGCUGGAGGUAUUGGGGGCAGGGCUGGUACAGCAAUUGGACACUAGGGGAAGAGAGAGCAAGGGUAACACUUAUAUAUUCGUAUUCCGAGCAGACGUUUCGCCUCGCCUUCCCCCCCUCCCCGCGCUCCCUGUAGUAACGGCCCGGCCUCCUGUCUUUUCCCCCCGGCACCCGCCAUGAACAUCGUCGCGGAGUUCUUCGUUGUCAUUUUCAAAGUGCUCUGGGCUUUCGUGUUGGCCGCGGCGAGAUGGCUGAUCAAGCCCAAGGAGAAGAGCGUGUGCGAUCAGGUGUGCCUGAUCACCGGAGCCGGCAGCGGGCUCGGCCGGCUCUUCGCGCUGGAGUUCGCCAAGAGGAACGCCGACCUGGUGCUGUGGGACAUCAACCAGGAGAGCAACGAGGAGACGGCCGAGAAGGUCCGGCAGCUGGGCGCCAGAGUGCACACUUACACUUGCGACGUGAGCAAGAGGGGCAGCGUCUACCGGACGGCUGACUUGGUGAGGAGAGAGAUCGGAGAUGUGACGGUGUUGGUCAACAACGCAGGUGUAGUGUCCGGACACCAUCUCCUCGAGUGUCCCGACGAACUUAUCGAAAGGACCAUGAUGGUCAACUGCCACGCUCACUUUUGGACUGCCAAGGCAUUUCUUCCCAAGAUGCUGGAAAUGAACCAUGGGCAUAUCGUGACCGUGGCAAGUUCCCUAGGGUUGUUUAGCACCGCUGGUGUAGAGGAUUACUGUGCAAGCAAAUUUGGAGCAAUAGGAUUUCAUGAAUCCUUGAGCCAUGAACUGAAGGCAUCUGAUAAAGAUGGAAUCAAGAUGACACUUGUGUGCCCAUACUUAGUGGAUACAGGCAUGUUUCGUGGCUGCAGAAUAAGGAAAGAAUUUGAGCCCUUCCUUCCGCCUUUGAAACCAGAGUACUGUGUGAAAGAAGCUAUGAGAGCCAUCCUCACAGACCAGCCUAUGAUUUGUACACCUCGACUUAUGUAUACUGUAACAUUUAUGAAAAGCAUUAUGCCAUGGGAAGCUGUCGUCUGCAUGUACCGUUUUUUGGGAGCAGAUAAGUGCAUGUAUCCAUUUAUUGCUGAGAGAAAACAGGCUUUAAAUAACAAUGAAGCCAAAAAUGAAAUCUAAAGCACAACUGUUACAUCCAGCACUGGGACCUCAUGUAGAAAUGCAUGCAUUAUUUGAUUCAUCAAUAUCUCCAUGCAAAUCAGAAAGUGCUGCAGUGACUACAUUUGAGUGAACUCUCUUGGCAAAUAGCUGUGAAGCUUCAGCUUUCCAUGAUCACUGUGGAUAAAGCAGUUGAUACUGUACCUGUGUAUUGAACAAGUAACAAGAUAAAUGUAUUAUGCCAAUCAUUUUGUAUAAUUUUUCUAGUGGUUAGACUUGCACACGUUUUAAUGCCAACUGAGCAAAGUAAGAUAUGAUGUUUUUAACAUUUGACUUUUACUCAGCAAUGCGAUUUGUGUUUGCUGUUAGAACUGUAUUUAUGUGAUGUUCAAAUAGAGAUGUAGAUAAGUGCAGUACUUUAGAAAAUUCCUACUACUAAAUUUUUUGAAUAGUAAAUGCACUGUAAUGAUUGACUUCUCCCACAGUCGGCCACAAGUACUUCUGUAAAUCUUAGAAUUACUGGUACAAUGGAAUAUUCAUUUACUUACCUUGAAACUGGGCGAAUUUAUGCAAAUGGAUCUUGCAGUUUAAAAUUGCAAAACAUGUUCCCAUACAGCACUAGAAAACAUCUUUUUAAGAAAGAAAUCUCUCAUUGGUGUGCCUUUUGAAUAGAGUUUAAACAUUGUCCUAUUUUCUGUGGAUUAGUGGUCCAUUUUUUAAAAGCCUGAAAUUUCUACCUCCUUUGUAUAUCUAUUUGUAUAACACCUAAAUUUGUUUAUCAGAGGUUAUAAAAGUAAUGUCUUUUGUGUGUCUUUGU